UACAACACUCGCUCCUCCUACCUACAGAUGGCGGUUCCCCACAAACGUAACCGCACUUUCAUCAUGGAGUGUAUCAAAUACAUUUCUACAAUGGCUGACACACGCCCACCUGAUGGAAAAACUGGAAGCAUGUAGCACAGAUCACUCAGAAGACAUUUAAAGACACCUGUCUGUGUUUCUUCAGUAUAAAAUGUCAAGUUUCCUCAAGCAGCACAUCACCUCUAUGGUGCAAGAAUUCAUUCCGCUUGGUGCUCCGCGACGUGACAGUGUAGCUGCCACACCACAUCCUGUGUCAGGUAGUCCACGUAUUGAACCUUCUGAGAAGACUCCAAAACUCUUGAACCCACUGCCUAAUUGCAUCCAGCCCACCAAAAACCCUGAGCUGGAGCAGAGGAACAAGUCCACUUCAGCUGCACUCAAAGCCUCCAACAAGAGACCAGAACAGGACAGUAAUCUCAAUCGGAAAGUUGGUGUGAGAAAACUACAACCGAGUAAUGGCAACAUUAACUCCAGGAAGAAUGGCUCUCUCAAUCCCAUGGUUAAAAAGGACAUCCUGCAGAGGACCAGUUCUUACAACAGAAACAAAGAACUUUCUUAUGCUCUCAGUAAGGAGCUGAAUGAAAACUUGAGGCUUGGAGGAGGUUUGUUUCAGUCAGAUGCUGUGAAGGUCCAGAGACAUUCUCUUCUUUAUACACCUCACUCAAGGCGUAACCCUGAGAGUAGUAGUUCCUGCUUAUUCCAGCAGAGACCUAAAGCAGCAGUUAACACAGGGGAGAGGAUCAUCCACCAUCCUGAUCAGAAAAAAUAUAGACUGGAGAAUAGAGACCACAAAACCUCCUAUUGUAGCGACAUGUCCGUACAGAAGGAAUUAAGCACCCCUCACCACAAAACUAAUCCAGAGGGCAGGAUGUCCCUGUCUGUAAAGAGAAAAAGGGAGGGUAGUACAGAAAAUGAGAAGGAAAUGAAACGCUCAUGUGCUGAUUUCCAACCCACUACCAGCUCUUCCAUUAUAAACUCGCCUAAGUUCGUCAAACGUCCUUUCGUGAAGGGCAGCAAUGAGUCUGAGAUAACUAUAAAGGAGAAGCAGCCCCCUAAAAUGCUUCCUGCUGCACCAAACAGCAACAACAAACCCAGACUUCCGCCUUCCCUCCCCAGGCAGCUGUUUAAACCAUGUAAGGACUCAAACACAGCAAGCGACAAACCUAACUCAUUUCAACUCAUUAAAUCACCCACGACUGCAGAGCCAAAAGACGCUAUGGUGGCACAUGCCAACAAAAAUCCCAAAGCUCCACCCAGCCAACCGCAUUUGCGCAAAGUCUCUCCGAAGUUGAGCACAAUGUUCGACAGCAUCGAGACACCACUUUUUACACCAGGCUGUUGCUUACCGUCACCCAAAACUCAUAAUAAAAAAGCAAAUGCUGAGAGAGAAACUUGCACACAAACAAGCCCCUAUUCCAACCAUAAGGAGAGUGUUAAAAUUGUCUCGUCCCCCCAUCAUCCUGAUCUAAGAUCACCCAGCUUUGCAGAACAAGCCGGUUCACGUACGAUGGAAACGGAUGAAAGAACGCAGUUGAAAGUGGAGCAGUCACGCAGCCACAAGGCUAUCAUGCCUGCCCCAACCGUGUCGGUGAAUGUAGAAGGAUCAAGAGAACAGAAGUGCUGCCCCCAGUGGAAAGAUCCCUUAGAUAUUGAGUUGGGAGACGACUCCGGCGAUGAGCUGAGAGAGUACUGCAAUAUCAGUCUGAGCAGCAGCAGCAGUGGUCAUGAAGAUGAGCCGCUGCCAUCUCUGGAGAAGCUGAUGAGUCGGAGAGACCAUGUGCCUGUUACUCCCGAAAAAGAUGCUUUUUCAGAGCCCAACACACCUGUCUCAAAAGCAGCACCCGAGGCACUGAAAACCAAAGCCGUUAGUUAUAGAAAUACACUGGAGCAGAUGCUGCAAGAGAAGGAACAAUAUCAGAGGUCAAAAGAGUUGGAGAGACAGUUACUUGAGUCAUGUGAAGAGGAUCUGCUGAAUCUAGAUGAGAAUGAGAACAGUGAAAGUAAAGUGGAAGACAUCUCACUUGAGCAAAGGGAAAUUUUGCAAAGGUUCUCUGUCGCCUCAUAUGCCAUCAGGGACAUCCACCCAGGAGAGGAAGUAUUCCUGCCUGCUAGGUUUGGUCGACUCUUCAACCACCAGACGCUGGACCUGAGGAAGAUUACUGUGACUCCACAUAACAAAUCACAACAAAUCCUCUUUCAGUCCCGUACUGAGCAUGUGCUGUCUCUGAUCAGUGCUGGCUUGUUGAGGAAAGCCUACUUUUCUUUCCCUUGUCAGCCUGAGGUUACACGCUGGCUUUUCCAGAUGAUGUCAGUUUACCCAAACCCAAUUAUUUCCUCACACAUCAUGCAGUCCUUGCAAACCAUUGCUCUGUCUGCUGCUCAACACAUAGUUGAACACCAGAGCCAAAGUUUUAAAGUGUGGGUACCCUCUGUACGGGACAUCACCCUGGUUUUCCUGAACAUGGGGGCAUCAUUCAUCAGUCUGUUCCCUCUUGAGGCUCUGCAACCCCCUUUUACUGAGGGAGACCUUUUAGAGAGCUUUCAGCCAGAAGAAACCAGCCAAGACCGAGUGAUAUCUGACAUGAAAGACAAUGGCACAUUACCAAUACAUAAUUUGGAGAGUGUUCUCAAGUACCUCUCCCUGUGUACUGCAUUGUGUCCAAGAGCGUACACUGAUGAGGAGCUGCUCUUGCUUCUGUCGGUGGUGUGUAGAAUUGGACUGGAGACUCAUUUUCAGCUGCUGCCAACUGGACACUUAAGCAUCCUGCUCCAGAAUCUGCUUAAAAAUAUCACACACUGGGAUGUACAGAUAUCUAAAGCUUGUCAGACCCUGACUGAUUUGUCAGAAGAUCAUCACAACCUCAGGAGACUCAUUUAUCUUCUUCCAGAUAGCAGUUGUGGAAAGCAAUUAAAACGACACCUGAGUGUAUCUAUCAUCUCAAAGCUUUUGAAUCACACCUGCACUUAUAAGCCCUCAGGGACAGAGUUUAAGCUGUCUGAACUGACACCUUUCCUACAUCAAAUGCGUCCCUCGUCCCUACUGAAAGGCCUCAGGUCUGCAAGGAGAGCAGAAGAUUGUGAUGCCAAUCUAGACCAACAAGCAUAUUACCUCUGCUACAGCCUUUUGACUUUGACAAAUGAAGCCUCCAAUUUUGAGUUUUUACCUUCAGCUCAGAGAAAGGAUCUGCAGAGUCUUUCUUCUCAGCUGGAGAAGCACAUUAAGUGUGACAUAAGGGAGAGUGAGAAAAUGCUGUAUAGGAGCAAGGUGAAAGACUUUGUGGCAAGGAUAUACACCAAGUGGCAGGCGCUUCUAACACGAACAAGGCCUCAGGAGGGAAAGCUGUAUGAUUACUGGAAGCCCCCACCAGAGGAUGAGGUGUCCAGCUGUCCUCAAGGCAAUUCAGAGAGUGCAGAAGAAACAGAGUGGAGCGGUGCAGAGUCAGAUAAAGAUGCUGAGAGCAAAGAGGAAGAUUGUGAGGAACCUCAGCCUCUGCAGAGUGAGGUGAAGACCGAACGGGAUGAUGAAGAUUGUGUGGAAGACAUGAGUGAUGUAGCGGAGAAAAAUUAUGAGCCAAAGCAACAGAUGAUGGAACUUGAGGACGAUAGAAAGUUUGAACCAAUAUCUGAUGAAGAGCUGUUUGAAACUCACGAAGACUCAGAGUGUGAGGAACCUCAGCCUCUGGAGAGUAAGGAGAAGAUCAGACGAGAUGAUGAAGAUUGUGUGGAGGACAUCAGUGAUGUAGAGGAGAAAAAUGAUGAGCCAAAGCAACAGAUGAUGGAGCUAGAGGACGAUAGAAAGUUUGAACCAAUAUCUGAUGAAGAGCUCUUAGAAACUCACGAAGACUCAGAGUGUGAGGAACCUCAGCCUCUGGAGAGUAAGGAGAAGAUCAGACGAGAUGAUGAAGAUUGUGUGGAGGACAUCAGUGAUGUAGAGGAGAAAAAUGAUGAGCCAAAGCAACAGAUGAUGGAGCUAGAGGACGAUAGAAAGUUUGAACCAAUAUCUGAUGAAGAGCUGUUUGAAACUCAUGAAGACUUGGAGUACGAGGAUGAUGAUGAUCUCAUGAACAGAGAGGAGGAGCUUCUAAAAGAUGAAGAGCCUCAUGAGUAAAACAGAAAGUACAUACCUGUAGAAGAAAUCACUGAGACGUUAGAGAAGCUCAAGGACUUGUUAGAGAAAAACAAAGCUGUUAGAGAUGAAAGGGGAAAUGAAGGAAGGGGUUUGAGAGGGAUGGGUUUGGAGGCGUCUGAGAAAGAACAGAAAUAUUCUCAGGUCAUUUUGAGAGAAUUUUACACCGCACCUUUGCUAUCAUCCAUGCAUAAAUACUGUGUGGGGUUUUGUGCUUUUAUUAAUUGUUAUAGCAUCUUUCAGUAACACAUCAUGCAUGUAGCUGUUUACAUCUUGUUUAUAAUAUAUUCUGUGUAUGUGUUUUGCAUUUACCAGUUGUCCUUCAUUUGUUUUUACAAGAUUCUUCUUUAAGAUAUGGGAUGUCUUAUCGAAUGUUUGGCCUCCGUUUCUCUGAAAAUGAGACCAUGAGAACAUAUUUUUAUGUACAUACAUUUCAUUAGUUAUUACUUGUAAUAUCUAUAUGGUUAAUGUGCACACUGAUAGUUUUCAGGAUCUACUCUUUAUGCUGCUGUCUAAUCUAUUCCAUUUUUUUACUUUGCCAAAAAUCUGGGGCAUCUUUAUCCAGAAAAUAUUACUAUAACGGCAAAAGCAAGGGCUUAAAUAAUUGUCAACUUUUUAUGUGGGUUCUAAGGAUGUUUAAGCAUCUCAGUAGGUUUGAGUACAGAGUGAAUAUAGUGUAUUUUUUAUUAUUUUGUUGUUAGCAAUCCAGUCUUCCUCAAAAAAGACAAAAUUCAGAGUGAUGUUUGUCAUAAGGAUUCUUUAAAAACUGAUUUAUAUAUUUCUUAAAAAAAAUAG